GAAAAAAACAGAAACUGAGAGAGAGAGAGGGAGAGAGAGAGAUGGAGAUGAUAACCGCCGUGAAAUCUGAAGUGAACCCAGUGAGGCGUCGUGGCGUGCGUAAUGCAGAAGGUGGGGAUAAUAGUCCCAUGGCCAAGGGUGGCAAGAGACGGAGAAGAGAGCCCGCUCCAGUCGCAGAUGGUUGUGCUGAUCAAGGAGAACAACCGCAGACAGAAACGCUGCAGGUUGAUCCGUCCAGUACUACUACUACUACCACUACUGUCAAGAGAAGUUCAAGAUUUCGCGGAGUUAGCCGGCAUCGAUGGACCGGGAGAUUUGAAGCUCAUCUAUGGGAUAAAGGAUCUUGGAAUGCAACACAGAGGAAGAAGGGGAAACAAGUUUAUCUUGGGGCUUUUGAUGAAGAAGAAUCUGCAGCAAGAGCAUAUGAUUUAGCUGCAAUCAAAUAUUGGGGUCCUACAACUUUUACAAAUUUCCCGGUGCCUGAGUAUGAGAAAGAGAUUGAGAUAAUGCAGAAUUUAACAAAAGAGGAGUACUUGGCGUCGUUGAGAAGAAGAAGCAGUGGUUUCUCAAGAGGUGUAUCCAAGUACAGAGGAGUCGCGAGGCACCAUCACAAUGGUAGAUGGGAAGCUAGGAUUGGGAGGGUGUUUGGAAACAAAUAUCUCUACCUUGGCACUUACAGUACCCAAGAGGAGGCUGCACAUGCUUAUGACAUUGCAGCAAUCGAAUACAGAGGGAUAAACGCAGUGACCAACUUCGACUUAAGCACAUACAUUAGGUGGCUAAGGCCUGGAGGCAACUCAGUUGCCCUUCAGGAACCAGUACAAAAGUUGGAGCCUCCGCUUGCCAACUCCUCGACUAAUUUCAUGUCGAGUCAGGAACCACCCGAGUUCACCUUCCGCUCCAGCCCUUACAAAUUGGGAGACACAGGCAACAACAUGCCCCGAAAACAGGAACUUUUGGAGACAAAGAUGCCCAUUAGUCCUUGCAACACGUCGGCUUCCCCAACUGCACUCGGACUCCUCCUCAGGUCUUCCAUGUUUAGAGAACUGGUGGAGAAGAACUCGAAUGUCAUUGCUGACGAUGACACUGACAACCAGAAUAAGGCGAAGAAAGAGCCAGGGAUAGGCGGCAGUGACGACUUGAGAGGGAUGUUUUACAGCAAUAUUGGCAGUAAUCCAUAUGGAUGCUCUACUAGGAGUGAAACAUUGCAGACUCAGGAGGCGGAGAACACAUUGCCAUUGUAUAACAACAAUAAAACAGGGCAGUCCCUGUGGAAUGUUGCCUUUAAUUUGCCUUCUAACUAGUGAUUGUAAUUGCUUCAAAAAGUUGAUAUGAUUGGUACAGAAAUCUGACUAAAAGUUUGUAGAUGUGAACUAACCUGCCUUGAAGUGGACCUGGUCUGAAAUAAACUGGU